AUGGCCACUGUUGACAAGUCUGCGAAUGACAAGUCUGAAUCUGACACUGACUUGAAACCGAUCAGUGCACAGGAGAAAGAGACUGGCAAAAUGGAGCACAAAGACGUGAGUUCGAAGGAACAGUCAAAUACCGCAACUGCCGCUGUCAAAAACCAGUCGAUUGAGACAACCAAGAAAGUUGGGCAACCGACGGUGUACAAGCAUUUCUUGGAUCCCAUGUUUGAUGAGCUUCAGAAGCAUGCUGAUCAGAAUAAUGCAAUAUUGGACAGAAUCAACCAAAAAAUGGAGGAGGAAAGAAAUGAGCGAAUUAAAGCACGGAAUCAGGAGCACAUCCCAGAGCCAUUAAAGGGGAGUGGCCAGACAUUGGAGGAUGUUGAAAAUUCUUUACAGGAAAUGAUUGCAUACGAAAAUUUUGAUGAAACAGAUUCAGACAAAAGAGUAUUGACCAGACUACAGCGGUUAGAUGACAUUGGUAAGGCAGCCAUCAUGUCACAUGACUUGGCUGCUUACAUUUCCACAUUAGACACCCCUCAUCUGAAAAGAUUUUGCUCCAAAAUAAUUGCUGACUGUGAGCUGUGGAUGACCAGGCUAUUCAGGUUUGGUGAGGGUUCCGUGAGUUAUCAUGAGGAUGAGAGGGAUGGAGUGGUGAGGAUGUGUAAACUUGCUCUCCACCAGAAGUACCCUAAGUACGCCACAGAGGGGUUUGAGGCGCUCUACUCCCGCCCACCUGUCAUCUACAUCAGUGCUGCCUCAAAGAGUGGAUUGGGGCACUAUAUAUGUUCUCAGCUGGGCCUGCCCUUGUCUUGUCUCUGCACUGUGCCAUGUAACACCAUGUUUGGCGCCACACAAAAAAUGGAUGUUGCUGUGCUGGAGAAACUUAUCCAAGAUGACAUUGCAGCUGCAAAGACCCCUGUGCUUCUUGUAGCCUAUGCAGGAACCCCACAGCUUGGGCAUGUGGAUAACUUUGAGAGACUUCAAGCCAUCUGUAAGAAGAACAAUCUUUGGUUACAUGUGGAAGGCGACCAUUUGGCCACCCUGAUGAUGUUUUCCGUGCCGACGUCUGUGAGCCCAGCCAAGUCAGGGGACAGUAUGACUGUGAGGCUGGGUAGCUGGCUGGGUAUUCCUGGUCUGCCUAAUGCUACAUUGUACAAAAAGUGUGACCCAGCUCUCUCUCAUGCUAUAGGUCUGAACACAUUCAACCCUCAGCUCAAGCUGAAUUCUCUCCCGUUGUGGGUGUGUCUACAGACCCUGGGUCAUGAUGGGAUUCUGGAGAGGGUGAAGUCUGCAUGCAAACUGGCAGAAGAUAUGUUUGAAAAAAUUAAGGACAUCCAGACAAUAAAAUAUGUGACAAAAGAACCAGAGAAGAAAAACAAGGAGGAUGAAGAAUUCUCAGUUCGAGGGUUAAUCACAAAAGCCAUUAACUUCAUUCUUGUCUUUGAAAUUGUGUCUCCAACAAUAGUGUUCAAAUAUGUGAAACCAGAGGAAGAGAAACCAGGAGAGAGUGUGGCUGCCUAUGCAUUGACAGAUGAAGAUAAGGUUGCAGAAGACCGGACCAAAUUGUAUUAUGAUGCGCUUAAUACAUGGCUGGUAGAUGUGCUACAGUCUGAAAAUCCUAAUGUCAAAAUAGAUCCUGUAGACAUCGACCGUGAGGGAGUCUGUAUAAGAUUUGCAGCAUUAGAGUCCGCCAGAACCUUAGGAACAACAAAUGAAGACAUUGAGAAAUUUGUAGAGUGUCUGAAAACACAGAUGUCUAUCCUGGAUGCCACAGUGCAGCAGAGAGAGACCUUCCAGAAGAUAGUUGAAGCUCAGGACAAUCUGACACUUGUGCACAUAGCUAACUGGGCCGGGUUGGGAGCAGUGCAGUACAUUCCUGAGAUGUGGGUAGGGACAGCAGCUGAGCUGACAGAGGCCUGUAAGAAGGAUAUUAACAGUGUCAACUGUGAGAUUGUCCACAAGCUCAAGGCAAACGACACAGCAUUUUCCCUUGGAGAGACAGAUGAAGGUUUGUACUGUGUCAGGUUUGGGCUGGUAACAGCAGACACAGAUGUGCAAGAGUUACUGUCCUUAGUUUACUCAGUUGGCAAGGAAGUUGAAGAUAACUCUAAGUACCUGGAGCACAUGUCUGAGGUGAUUAGGAAGAGUAUAGAGGAGACAAAUAAGGAGUUGAAGAAGGAGACCGAAGACAGACUUUUGCAAGAGGGUGUGUUAAGACAGGUGCCUCUAGUAGGCUCCCUCCUCAACUGGUGGUCCCCUCCUCCCAAGGAUGUUGUCAAGGGACGCACCUUCAACAUGCAGUCAGGAAAGAUUGAGAGUACAGAACCGAUCUACAAGUACCAUAUGCAAUUCCAAGAACAAAGCAGCCCAGGUGAGAAGUCACCAAAUCCUGAACUGGAGAGAAUGAAACGUCCAUCAGGCGGCAGUGUGACAUCCGAGACCAGCGCCAAUGUAUCAGGGCUCCCAACUCCCACAGCCUCCUCUGUCAGCCCAACAGCCCCGCCACAAGCACUUAUCCCUCCAGAUGUAGUACCCCAGUCUGCUGAAGUUACAGGGGAGGGCACUGGGUCUGGGACUUCACCAUUGCCUCAGUUACCUGCCCCUACCACAUCCAGCCAUCAAAAUACACAGACCAGUCCUGAACAAACAGCCCAAAGGUUGGCAAAAGAUGUUAGGCCUGCAGAUGAUGGUGUGGAAAUGGCCAAAGAAGUUUCCACAGAAGAGCAAGAAAACAAAGAAGUGUUGGACCUAAAAUGAAAAAUCCUGGCAUGGAUUAAGGAUCCACAACUUUAAGGAUUUAUGUAUGAGGGUGA